GAAACCUCUCCGAGAAUUCCCAAAGAGCAAUAUGGCACUUUGGAUUUGGGCAACACUUGGGGUGCUUGCACUUGUUCACAUCCUGCAAACAUGCAUAUCAAAAGGCAAGACCAAGCACAAGAUGCUACCUCCUGGUCCGAGAGGGUUUCCUAUUUUUGGCAGCCUCCAUUUGUUAGGAAAGUUCCCUAACAGGGAUCUUCAUCAACUAUCCCGGAAAUACGGUGAUAUCAUGUACUUGCGGUUAGGCCUCGUACCCACAGUUGUUGUCUCGUCCCCACGAGCGGCCGAGCUGUUCCUCAAAACGCAUGACCUCGUUUUUGCAAGUCGACCACCUCAUGAAGGUUCAAAGCACAUUUCGUUUGGGCAAAGGAACCUGAGCUUUGCUGAGUAUGGCUCGUAUUGGCGCGACAUCCGAAAGAUGUGCACGCUCGAAUUACUUAGCAACCACAAAAUCAAUUCUUUCAAGUCGAUGAGGAGAGAAGAAGUUGCUCUCCUAAUUCAGUCUGUUGAGGAGGAUGCCAAUUAUGGACGCGUUGCUAUUGAUCUCAGUGUCAAGGUAUCAUCGCUGAGCGUUGACAUGACCUGCCGGAUGGUGUUUGGGAAGAAGUACAAGGACGAGGAGUUUGACGAGAGGGGUUUCACCGCUGUGAUGAAAGAGGGUCUCAAAUUAUCAGCGGGCCCUAACUUGGGAGAUUACAUUCCUUGUAUUGCGCCGCUUGACCUCCAAGGGUUCACUAAAAAAAUGAAAGCUAUUAACAAGGCGUUUGAUGAAUUUUUUGAGAAGAUUAUUGAUGAACAUCUUCAAUCCAAGGAUGAAGAAAGAACUAAGGACUUUGUUGAUGUCAUGGUGGCCUUCAUGGGGUCUGAAGAUUCUGACUACCGAAUCGAACGCACCAAUAUCAAAGCCAUAAUGUUGGACAUGUUUGCGGGUUCAAUGGACACCACAUCAACAACAGUCGAGUGGGCACUCUCGGAACUCAUGAGACAUCCACAGGUUAUGAAGAAAGUCCAAAAAGAGCUAGAAAAUGUUGUCGGCCUCAAUAGAAUGGUGGAGGAAUCAGACUUGGAGAAAUUGGAGUACUUGGACAUGGUAGUCAAGGAAACCUUGAGGCUACAUCCAGUGGCACCAUUGUUGGUUCCUCAUGCAGCCAUUGAAGAUUGCAUUGUCGAUGGCUACCAUGUACCAAAAAAGUCACUCGUGAUCAUAAACGCAUGGGCAAUCGGGAGAGACCAGAGUGCUUGGGAAGAUGCAGAGAAGUUCGUACCAGAGAGGUUUGAGGGUAAUAAUGUUGAUGUUAGAGGAAACCACUUUCAGCUUAUACCGUUCGGAUCCGGCAGAAGGCGUUGCCCUGGAAUUCAGUUAGGGCUUACUGUGGUACAAUUUGUGUUGGCACAACUUGUGCAUUGUUUUGAUUGGGAACUUCCGGAUAACAUGUUGCCAAAUGACUUGGAUAUGACUGAGGAUUUUGGUCUUACAGUCUCAAGGGCCAAGCAUUUGCUCGCUAUUCCUUCAUAUCGCCUUCAGAAUUAAUGUGUUUGUAGUGUCUAUUUUCCUACUUGUAAUCUGUUGUGGACUAUCUUUUCUGUUUUUCUACUGUCUUACACUUAUUUUCUUCACUUGAUGAGGAGAACGAGCAAUGGAAUAAAUUAAGCAAAUUGUUGUCAAAGUUUCAAUAAUGAUAAGUCCCAUGUCUAUAUA